AUGCCCACAGUGUUUCUAAGCAAGGUGUGGAAGUUCUUCCUGCCACAAUGCAUUCAAGCAGCAGCUGCUUCAAGUGGUGAAGAUCCUCCAAUGGCAGAUCAAUUCCCACCUAAUACCAAUGAUGAAGAUAUAUUGAUAUCUGAUAUGAAUCGCCUGGCUGUAAGCUCGGAGUUGCAAAGUCAGCCUGCAAUAUCUCAAUUUUUGGAACAAGAAGCAGAUGAGAGGCAGACUACUGACACUGAGGUUCUGAAACUGACUGAAAAUGCAAGAAAAAGACAAAUGCACAAGUUUUAUUGUACCAUCCACGUACUAUGGUCUUGCAAGCUGGCAGGUCUUGGGAGCGCUUUAUUGUUGCCCAUCCCUAGAAGAGUCUCCACAUGGAACCAAGGAGGAGCCUGCCGAUAUUGGAAGUCUUUGGAUUGGGCUAUUUUGCAGGGGUUUUUUGUGUCAUUAUUAAUUCUACAAGUCAGGCUAUGUCAAAGUAAAACAGUUUCACUUACAUCAUCUACUUCCAAAACUCCCUCCGAGGUGGCCGAAAGGUCUCAAACACUCUGUGGAACCCAAUCUUUAUCUGUGUGA